AUGUUUACGCUCUUUACCUUUCUUUCUUUUGUCUCUAUUUUGAGUAGCUUUGCUAUCCGGCCGGUAGCUGGUGAGGUACUGUUUGAGAUGCAAAAUGUUGUUGCUACCGUAUACUACGAUGUAGACUGGGAAACGAAUGGAGACGUCUGUGCACCCCGCUUUGGUGCGGGUUGGGCUCCUUCGCAGAUCGGUACCCCGGGGUGCGAGCAGAAUGGGAUUUUGCAAGCUGAUUUGGGGACCAAUCGUAUCGUCGCGAUGAACCAAACGUGGAUGGAGGGCGACAAAAGCGCCUGGUGCGGUAAAGAAGUCAAGAUCUUCAAAGAGGAUGGUUCUGAAUUGGUUUAUGAUGAACCACUCGUGCUGUGGGAUACCUGCGCCGAAUGUGCUGAUCAUGUCAAGAUUGAUCUCGGAGUGGGUCCGUCGUUGGCGUUGGACGAUACGGUCUGCAGUUUGCAAGCCAACAACCCUUCGGGUCUCAAAGUGCAAGUCACGGACAACCAAAUCUGGGCUCCAGCACCGGAUGAAAACUCUUACUCGCCUACUUCUGCUAGCACACUUUACACUGGCGGCGUCUACAACUUUCCUAGCUCUGGGAGUCUCUCUGCACCUUGGGGCGCCACGAUCAGUGGAGAUGAUUCGAACCUUCCGGUAGUGGUGAAGACUGCUGGCGGGGCACAAGCAUCGGCGGCUGCGUCGGGAGCUGGAGCGUCGUCAGGGGUCACUUCUUCUGCCGCAGCAGCAGGGACGGGGAGUAGUGCGCUCGGCAGUUCGAGUGCCGCGGGGGUAACGAGUGGUGCGGGAGAUUCGAGUGUUGCUAAAGGGGCGACAAGUAAGGCAAAUGCUACUGGAGCCGCGUCCUCGGAAACAGGAGGGGCUAGCUCGGCAACUGCGACAUCGGCUGCUAUUGCCGAGACAACGGUUGCUGGUGGUAGCUCCUCCCUUGAUUUGGGUGGAGAAAGGUUCGUUGCUGGGAGCAGCAGUGCCGAAAGCACCGCCGAAAGCGCAAGUUCAGCUGGCGGGGCUCAAACGUCAGCAUCUGCCGCUAGCUCCAUUGGUGCGGAAAACCUUGCAUCGGCUUCUUCUGGAUCCACUGCACCUACGGCUCAGGGAGCCACCUCUUCAGCCGCAGUAGCCUCCGCAACCACAACCACCUGUGCCGGUGAUGAUGGAGAAGAUUACAUUGCGGGAGACCACAUGUGCGAUGGGACGACGUUGAAAAUUUGUGCAAACAAUGAAUCUGGGUCUUCAAACGUCGACACAGUGUCCUAA